AGAAAUCAUGAAGAAGUUUGAAAACUUCAUCUAUCAGAGGAAGGUCUAUCUCUCUCUUAGUCUUCGUCUUCAUAAUUUUUUCUCUAGGCUCCAUCAGAGAAGCAAAAGAGUUAAGCAAGAGCAAGCUGAGAUUAUUAUAUGUGUGCAAAGAAAGAGAAAUAGUCUCAUCUCAGAUCAAGGUAGAAAAGUACAGGCAAAUGCCGAGGAAGUAGUCGUAGAUCCUCCAAAAGUUGAGGAAAAGAUCGACGUUGUGCCUACCGGUUUACAAACUGAUUAUGAUGUCGUUAAAAGGGAAACUGAGUUGAUUUCUUCUAGAUCGCUUCGCAAUAAUGCGGAGAAAUUUGAGUUCCAAGCUGAGGUGUCUCGACUUAUGGACAUUAUUAUCAAUUCUCUUUAUAGCAACAAGGAUAUUUUCCUCCGGGAGUUGAUCUCAAAUGAUGUAGAUGCGUUGGACAAGAUUAGGUUCCUUUCACUCACAAACAAAGAAGUUCUGGGUGAAGGUGACACUUCCAAGUUGGAGAUCCAGAUUAAGUUGGACUAAGAGAAGAAAAUAAAAGAAUGAUAGGCGCACAUGGUUUUGAGAUUGUUAAUAAAGUG